GGGGAAGGGGGUUUGGGGAAAAGUUACAAGUCUACGACCAACAGAGUGAGGGGCAGAAAAACUACUAAUCAGUCGAGUGUAAAGAAAAUCAGUGUCGGCGGUGGAGAGAUCAUGAAACAGUGAAGUGUGGGAAAGAAGAAACCUUUUUUUUUUCUUUUUUUUUUAUUGUGGGAGGGUUUUGUGCACGCGCGUGUAAAUCAUUGUUUACAUUUCACUGGGACUGUUUCAGUUAUUCAGGCGACAUGAUGAACUAUUGUUGUGUUAAACGACCUGGGAGCGACUUUCCCCAGUGUCUCUCUUUGUACUAAUGUACCCGUGUAGUAUUUCCCCGACCUCACUCCGGAUCAGUCUGGUUGUUUUGGCUCUGUUGUUGUCGGUGAGUGUGUGUUCAGAGCUGAAAGUGCUGGUGCGGUUACCCGAUGGUCAGGUCACUGCAGAGACUUUAGAGUCGGACAGCGAGCGGGACAUCAUCAGUGUAGAGUUCAGGCACACAGACGGCACUCUCAUCACCUUCCUGGCAGAUUUCAAGCGGCAUGUGAAGAUCCUGCGGGCGCUGGUGCUGGGGGAACCGGAGCGGGGCCAGACACAGUACCAGGGCCUGUGUUUCAUCAGCAGGCUAGAACAUGGAGAGAUCAUCCCAAGUGAGGCCAUGGUCAGACUGAGACAGAAAAACCCGCAUGUGGUGCGGACUGCCGAGGAGAAGCGUGCUCUUGAGCGGAUGAGCAUGAACAUGGCAGUGAAUCUGACUCUAUCCUGGCCCCUCAGCUCCCAUAUCCGCAGCAUGUGCCGCGACGCCCAAGACUUCAUCUACACACGGGAGCAGGACGUCAAAUACUGGCUAGAAAAGGGUGUGGACGCCUCCAUAUUCAAAGUCUUCCCCCAGAACGUCGAGAGUGCAGGCCUGCCGAGUUGCAGCGCUACCACGGAUCUGUGGCAGCCGUGUUCGUGUAGCUACACCCUGAGGCUGGAGUGGUACCCGUGCAUGCUGAAAUACUGCCGUGGCCACGGCCCGAGCCCGUACAAGUGCGGGAUCAGGAGCUGCAGCAAGGCUUACCGCUUCGACUUCUACACGUCACGCAAGCAGCUGUGCAUGUGGGACGAAGAGAGCUAACGGCGCCACUGUAUACGGAUCACUAAUAAUGUACCGAAUAUGAGUGUUACGCUAAAGGUUCAACCUUUGUCUGGAAAAAAAUUAAGCUGGGUAGCAAUGAGGUGCCUUCAGAUAGAACUUAAUAGUAAAAUGGUUCCGAAGUGUUACUUUAACUUUUCUUUAUUCAGGAGGAUUCGUAUUAUCAUCACAGCUCCAGACUCCAGUAUCUUCAGGUUUGCCUUAAAGGAGAGAUAUUUUCACUUGAGCGAUCAAGCCAGGUCGUUACGUUUAUUUCCGCUCUCACUACAGAGUAGCCUCGAGGCAGAAAGUCACAUGACCGAUAGGUUAGGCGUGUAGGUUACAUUCUCGCCUGGGAAAGAGGCGUUUGCUUGGAUUCUGCAGGAAUUCAUUGUUGACAUUGUAAACAUCACAUUAUUUUGUGUUAACAUUUAUUAGUAACUUUCGUUGUCUGUAAUGGGAAGAACAUGUAUAGUAGAAUUUAUUAUUGGUCUACGGUAGUCUUUUUUAUUUUGUGUAUAUUACUUGUGUUAAACACUCAUGGCUCACUGUAUUAGGAACAUAAAUUUUUUACAGUUACGCGAUACAUACUCUCGUGCAGAUCCAGGUCAAGAGCUUCUGUUCGUGUUCAGAAUGAAGGGAAAUGAGAUCUCUGUGACAUUGAUUAUGGCAUGGUUGCCGGUAGGAGACUGCUGGUCUGAGUGUUUCAGAAACUCCUGGGACUUUCAAGCACAACAGCCUCUACACUUUCAACAAAAUGGUGGCUUUGUUGAUGAGAGCGAGAGAUCAGAGGAGAUUGCCCAAACUCGUUCGAGCUGACGCAAAGGUUACAGGCUACAGUAACUCAAAUAACCAUUCUUUACAAUCAAGGUGAGCAGAAAAGCGUCUCGGACCACACACCACAUCAAACCUUGAGGCAGAUGGGCUACAACAGCAGAAAACCUCAUCAGGUUCCCGUCCUGUCAGCCAAGAACAGGAAUCCGAGGCUAAAGUUGGUAUAGACUCAGCAAAAAAAAAAGCUCUUGACCUGUAUCUGCAUUAUGUUACACGUUGUGCGAUAUUUUUAUUAUGAUUUUUUUUUUUGCUUUAUCUACAUGUAGAUCAGAAGCAUUGUUACAUUUUAAAGGUACAAGAGUUCUCAUUUUGUCAUUUUGACAACUAUUUCUUGUCGUAAUUUACACACAAACUCUAAGAUAACUGUGACCGCUAGAAACUCGCAGCCCUGUUCGAAGGUUUAGCCGUGAAACAUGUUCAGUCUUACGAACAAAACAAGAGCCAUGCUGGCAGCUAAGGCACGUUUUUGUGUGUUGUGUAUUUAUUGCUAAUUAUAUUCAAGUGAUGCCAAAUGUGCUGCUCACACUCACCAUAACCCUGACUAAUUAUCUCAUUUCCAUUUCAAUAACCUCAUUACUAUGAACGCGUACGCUACGGUGGGCAGAUGAACCUUUUACACAAUGCAAUAUUGUUAUCAUGUUUGGGACAUUUUUUUUUUUUUUUUAAAUUUAGGAAUCUAUCCUAACAGAUUGCACCACAGUAUGGCACUGUUCCAGGAUUUGAACUGUGUUCAAUAUUUUCAUAUAUAGAAAGGUAUGUGUUUACAUGUUUGUUUUUAUGCACAAAAUGAUUGGUCGCUUGUGAUCUGAAAAUGCAUAUGCUCAGGUUUCUCUUCCAUGCUGGAUAUGAUGACUUACACUUACAGUCUUACAGUGUUGUGGAUAUGACUUUUAAAGCAUGUUCCAUCCGGUUUGGCUUUUCUUUUACAACAAGCCAGAUGUGAGGAUGAUUUAAACAUGUAUAACUAAUUACGUAUGCCAGUGUAAAUUAAGAUAAAAAAAAAUAAUAAUAAACUUUAUAUUUCAGUAUGUUAA